UGUGUGUUUUCUCUCCCCAGCAGUCCCCUCAGUCUCGCUGGCUGACGACGGAGGAGAGGAGCCAACUCCUGCUCCAUCUCAAAGCUUCGGGCUGGGCUGAGCUGGGCGAAAGAGAUGCCAUCUACAAAGAGUUCAAUUUCAAAAAUUUUAAUCAGGCUUUCGGGUUUAUGACACGCGUUGCUCUCCAAGCAGAGAAGAUGAACCACCACCCGGAAUGGUUUAACGUCUACAGCAAGGUUCAGAUAACUCUGACUUCCCACGACAGCGGUGGACUGACCAAGAGGGACGUGAAGCUGGCCCAGUUUAUUGACAAAGCUGCUGCCUCGGUGUAACAAAGAUGUAAAACGUUUUAAUACAGUGCCCACCAACCUUUUUUUGAUUUAAGUGGUAUCCCUCAUUCCUUGUAACCCUGAGUUCACAACCCCCCCCCGAGAGAAGAUAUUUUGUAGAAAGAGUGGCUUGGUUUGCUUUGCCUUUUAGCCUGAGACCCCUCUGGGUGCCUGUGCUUGUCCUUCACCGGUGCUGGCUCCAUGUGAGGAUGUAGCAGAUAAACCAGCACAAAAUUAGUUUUGAACAAUCCUUUUCUAGGAACUAAAACAAGCUGGAAUGAAAGCUCCAUCCCUGGAAAUGUUCAAGGUCAGGUUGGAGGGGGCUUUGAGCAACCUGAUUUAGUUGAAGGUUGUCCACGGUCAUUGCAGGGGGUUGGAACUAGAUGGCCUUUAAAGGUCCCUUCAACCCAAACCAUUCCAUGAUUCCAUGGAAGCAGGAGCCCACCCACACGUGUUGGUGUUCCUCAAGCCCGUGGGAGUUUGCCCCAUGCCCAGCCACUUCCCUGCUAUAGAUUUGUACAUCCCUGCACUUCAAACAGCGUGAGAGCAGCCAGGACAGGUCAGUCCCCUCCUUGGCACCUCCAUCUCUGCCAGGGACCGGUGGUGAGUGCCAGGGAUGCUGGUGAGAGCAGCCCAGGCUGCUGUUGAUGUUUCCUUGGAGUUGCAGCUCAACCAGCAGCUACAGCUCUGCAUUUUGGUGCUUAUUCUGUGCUUCUCUGAUGGUUCUUCAAACCCAUCUGCCCUUUUGGCACCCGCAGCUUAGCACCUAUGUCCACCAAAAGUCUUCUGGUUGCUUGAGAACCAUCUGAGAUGUGGGACUGGAUCCUGCAGUUGCUGAAAACUUUAGCUCUGGUCCAGCAAAUAAAAAAAAAAAACAACCCAGUGAGCUCCCAGCACUCACAGCAUUAUCAAAGCUUGAGCUUGGGGCCAGGUCAGUGCUCAGCACCUUGCAGGAUGGGGCCAGCCCUCCUGUUUUAACUCUCCCAUACCUGUUGGGUUGGAGGGGGGAGCCUGGCUGGGUGCCCGGAGCCCCGACGGGAGCCGACAGCAGUGGAGGAAGCGGCAUUAGCAGGAUUCUUGCUAAGCUGGGCUCGGCCAAAGCUAUGCUCACCCUAUUUAUUUUUUUUUUUUUUUUUUUUUUGGUAUCUGCAAUUACUCAUUGCGAACAUUGUUCCAAGAGCUGCAGAUCCCACUGACGAGGCUUAAAAUAAUUUCUUCCGCCGUUUGCAAAAGUCUUUGGGGUUUUUUUUUAUUUUUUUUUAAUCCGAUGAUCCUUCCCCGAGACAGGUUUCCACCGCCGGCAGAGAGAUUUUUUUUAUUUAUUUUUUUUUUUUCCCAACCUGCUUAAGGCUUGCAGAAGGGCCUCUGGCUCCACAAGUCCCCGCUGCUGGAGUGUCCCCAGCGUGCACUGUCAUGCCCCGCUGCCAAGCUCCCAGGAGAUUGACACCUCCGAAAUGCCGGGGCGCAUUGCUGGAAUGACACCGGCGGCGCAGCCACCGGCUACCGAGAAGUGAGAUGGCUCCAGUGCCAAAAAAAAAAAAAAAAAAAAAAAAAAUUCUAUAUCGGGGGCUACAUGCGAGGUGUGUGGUCUCUGGGAUAUUCGGGAUGCAAAAUGCCACGAGUUGCCCCGCGAGGGGAUAAAAUAAGAAAGGUAUUUUUUUGCUAAUCCUUAGCGAGUGCCUUGUCAUGUGCUAAUUGGUCGCAGGAAGCGAGAUGGGAGAGAUGUUGGGGUUUAUUGUCAGUCGCCCUACUCGGGAUAUGGAGUUAAUAUCUAAAAAAAAAACCAAAAAACCCCAAAUUCAGACUACGUGCUCAAAACGUUCCCUGCUUCCACGCGUCCUUCCCCAGCGAAGCGGCGGAUUUCCCCGAUAUGGUUUGAAAACGGUCGCUGUUGUGAGGAAUGAAACAGAACUAAAACAAACAACCAGGCUGUGAAGUCUCCUGUUACUGGUGGGGAAAUGAAACGAGCUUCGCCCAAAGUUUUGACAGUGUCUCCGAUGAAGUGGAAAAACUCUGUUGUUGGAAAUUGAUAUACAAUGCGUGCGCUUUGAAUAAAACCAAUAAAAUCAAAUUCCUCCUUUG